AUGGAUUAAAGCUAGAGAUUUGUGUUAGUAAAAGCAAUACUUCCUCAGAAAGAUAUGCAUUAUGUAAGCUUAAUUAAUGAAUAAUUAAAAUUGCAAAAGAAGUAUCCCUAAUACAUUCUAGCAAUAAAUGGCUAUGAUUUUUUUGAAGAUAAAACUUUAUUACAAAUUACCUAUAAUUGCAGCAAAUAUGCAAAAUCCUUAACUGAAGUAUAGUUUAAAACUUAGGAAGAAAAAUUUAGAAUAUUUGAUUAGCUAAUUGAGAUUGCAGAGUUUUUAGAAAAGAAUAAAAUUUUACAUAAUAAUAUUAAAAAAAAUAAUCUAAUUAUUGAUCAUAAUAAAUUGUAUCUUACAGACUUUGGAUAUAUUGCAGGAUAACCCGAUCUAAAUAUAUUUAGGAAUAAAUUAAAUUUUAUAAAUCUCAAUCUAAACUAAAAAAAAUAAAUUUAUCCAUAUUUAACAAAAGGUUUGAUGGAAGCAAUAAUUACUUACAAUGAAAGGUAAUUAAAAUAAAAAUUAGAAAAGAGAGAACCUAUAGAAAUAAUGCAAUAUGAUUAGCAUGUAUUAACAUCUUUAAUGGUAGAAAUAUUUUCUCCAUUGGAAUGGAAUAAUUGUGAUCUUUCAUAUUUAAAAGAUUUUUCUUUCAGUCAGAAAAUAGGAUACAUAAAAAUCAACAAUUUAGAUUUACAAGAUUAUGCCAUUGUCAUAAUAGAAUAAAUACUAAAUUUUAGGUUUUAAAAGGAAAAUUAAUUGACCCUAGAAUUUCCUAGACGUUUAGAGCCUAUGUUAAAGAAAAUCGACAAAUAGCGAGUAUUAAAUAAUAAGAAUUUGGAAUUGGUUGAAGAUUACUUUAAAAAUAAAGAUUUCGAAUUUGAUUUAGGAUUAUUAUACUGCUUUACUACUUGUAAACUACUUGAAUUAGAAACUUAGGUAGAGUAAUCAGGUAAAGAAUUCGAUUGCAAAUUAAGAAAAGAAAUAUCUAGAAUUUUAGCAAUUCUUAAUAUGAUUGAUAAUUAAAUAUUUUAAAAGAAAGAUUUUGAAAAAUUAGAAUCAUUAGAUGAUAAAUUAUUCUGUUUAGCUUAUUUGGAUGAAUAAUUUGAAACCUUUGAGAUUUCAAAAAAUAGAGAUCAAACUUAAGAAAAUAGAGAAAUAUAUUAAAUAUAAUUAUUCUUUAAAAUAUUAAUUAAUAGAAUUUUAUGA